AUGACGUAUGACAGCGAGUGGAUUAUUAUUGCCGCUUUAACAACAAAUACCGGUAAAGUGCGAGCAUGGGGUUCCGCAUACAAAAUAUUAGGGUCAACAAUGGGUGUAAAUAUAAACUCGCAUGAAGAUGAUGGAUCUUCUUACUUUCAUGCUGUACACAGUUCGUUGUAUCUUGUAGUAGCUCCAUACUUGAAUCCAAUCAAGUUUUUUAAUAUAUUUUAUCGAUUCUCACAAGAUUAUAAAAUGGUAUUAAAAAAUCGUGAACAUACGCAGGAAUUUACUAAAAAAAUUAUUUCGGAAAAACAAAAAUUUAUGGCAAACGUUAUAAAUAAUAAUGAGUCAAUUAACAUUAAAGCAAUCAACCGUAAUGGUUAUGAUACAACAGCACUUUCUCUCAGCUAUGUUUUAUUACAUUUGGCUGCAUAUAAAGACAUACAAACAAAAGUAUAUAAUGAAAUAUUGGAAGUUGUUGGUGACAUAAAUGUAGACUCAAUCAAUGUUGACGAUUUACCAAAGCUCAAAUAUAUGGAGAUGGUUCUAAAAGAAUCUAUGAGAUUAACUCCAACGAUUCCACUAAUUGUAAGAGAGCCAUCCCAAGAUAUUAAAAUUGGCAAUUAUAUAAUUCCAAAAGGAGUAUCUAUAUUAAUUCCAAUCUUUACUAUCCAUCGAAAUCCAGAAUAUUGGGAAAAUCCAUUAAAAUUUGAUCCAGAACGAUUCACAGCAGAAAAUAUAAAAAAUCGUCACCCUUACGCGUACAUUCCAUUCAGUGCUGGUCCUAGAAAUUGUAUUGGUGGUCGAUAUGCAUGGAUCUUUAUGAAAACAACGUUGGCUGCAUUAUUAAGCCGGUAUGAAUUUCACACCGAUAUAAAUUUGGACACAUUAAAGUUUGAAGCAGCGAUUUCACUGAAAUUAGUUAAUGGGCACCAAGUACGAAUCACACCACGAUAUAAAUCAUAA